AUGAAUUCUGACUCCAGCUCUGUCUCCAGCAGAGCUUCCUCUCCGGACAUGGAUGAGAUGUAUCUGAGGGACCACCACCACCGCCACCACCACCACCAGGAGAGCCGUCUCAACUCGGUCUCGUCCACGCAAGGUGACCUGGUGCAGAAGAUGCCUGGAGAGAGUCUCUCGCGGGCCAGCGCAAAAGCUGCGGGCGAGAGUAGCAAGUACAAAAUCAAGAAGCAGCUGUCGGAGCAGGACCUCCAGCAGCUGCGGCUGAAGAUCAAUGGACGGGAACGCAAGAGGAUGCACGACCUGAACCUCGCUAUGGACGGGCUGCGCGAGGUCAUGCCCUAUGCGCACGGACCCUCGGUGAGAAAACUCUCCAAGAUCGCCACUCUCCUCCUAGCCAGAAACUACAUCCUCAUGCUCACCAGCUCCCUGGAGGAGAUGAAGAGGCUGGUAGGCGAGAUCUAUGGGGGCCACCACUCGGCCUUCCACUGUGGGACCGUGGGCCACUCUGCGGGCCACCCAGCACACGCUGCCAACGCCGUGCACCCAGUGCACCCCAUCCUAGGCGGAGCGCUCUCGUCUGGCAAUGCCUCCUCACCCCUGUCCGCCGCCUCCUUGCCAGCCAUCAGCACCAUCCGACCUCCCCACUCGCUGCUCAAGGCGCCCUCUACGCCGCCAGCGCUGCAGCUGGGCAGCGGCUUCCAGCACUGGGCUGGGCUACCCUGUCCCUGCACCAUCUGCCAGAUGCCACCGCCGCCGCACCUGUCUGCUCUCUCCACUGCCAACAUGGCCCGCCUGUCGGCAGAGUCCAAGGACUUGCUGAAGUGA